AUGGCGAGGCAAACAUCUGCAGGAGAAAACACAACACCGGUUAGGAGGAGUCGAAGAAUUGCGGGUAGAAGAAGAGGUGAAAUAGGAGAGACAUCAAGAAUGGGCGAUAGAAACAACAGAUUUCAACCGAUCAGAUCUGAGAUCCAACAUGACCAAAGGGAGAACGAUCAAAGAAAUUACGAUGCAGUAAGUGUUCAUACCACGGAUACAGAUACCGCUGAGGAAGAUGAUGACAGGACACAUGCAGAAGGAGCUGAAAGAGAGAUUGAAGACAACACAACCAUUGCAGAGUUAAGGCAGCGAUUGACAGAGGAAAGAAUAAGAGAAGCAAAACUACGUGUGAAUUUGACACGACAAAAUGAUGAGUUAAGAGAGGAAAAUCAGAGACUACAAGAGCAAAGGUCACAAUCAAGAUCAAGAACAACGCGUGCGAGCUCAAGAUCAAGGACAAGCAGGAGUACCAUUAGGAGGAGUAGAUCUGAGCACGGAGAUAAUACACAAGGGAAAUUUUUGAAUAAUACUCUUCAGGAAAAUGAAAAUUCGCAGGAUGAGCAAGAAGAGGAUCGCAUAGAAGACAGGUAUAUCCAAGUGAGAGAGGAUAGAUCCAGGCGAAUGCGUCGUAGAGAAGGUAUAUUGGAGCAGAAUGAGGAGCAAAAUCGCGCACAUGGUGACGAACAACGAGAGAAUCACGUAGAACAAGCAAGGAUGAUACUUCAUGGAAGAGAGAUGCUGAGACAGCGGGAUGAGAGAGAUAGAGCAGCUCAAGACCAUGCGAGAAAUGAAAGGGAAAGGCGAAGGGAAAGAAGAAAUGAAGAAGAACGGCAACAUCUAGAAGAGGAAAUACGACAAAGCAGACAUGAAAACAGGAUGAAAGAUGCCCGGUUGAAAAGUCCAAGGGAACAACAAGAAGAAGACAUAUUCCCGAACGCUGAAAUCCGAAGAGAAAUAACGGAGUUAAGAGAAUUAGUGACUAAAGGGAAAGAUGGAGGAAGAAGGCUAUUAGAGGAUGCGAUAGAAGAAGCAGCAAGAACACCCUUCGCACGGAGGAUACAAUCAGUAACAAUAUCAAGAAAGUUCUCACUACCUGCGUUUCCUAGCAUCUUUGAUGGAUCUACAUGUGCGAUCCAUCACAUAAAGACAUACAACUUGGCUUUGUUACAAUAUGAGGAUAAUGAGGAUGUCUUAUGA